AUGCGCCCUUUGUGGUAUCAAAGAGAGACAAUAAUACAAUGGUUCGUGGAAGAGGGUGCAACAGUAGAAGAAUGGGCUCCUCUAUGCGAGGUCCAGAGCGACAAGGCCUCUGUCGAGAUCACGUCAAAGUUUGCAGGCGUGGUUAAGAAAUUACACUUCGAAAGGGACGCAGUAGUCCAAGUGGGCGAUGCUAUGCUAGAUAUUGAGGUAGAAGGUGAAGACGAACCCGAACUAGAGCAAGAACCAGAAGAGGAAGCGAGUAGCGAGGCCAAAGAACAAGACCGGAAGCAACAAACCGAACAAGAAGAUAUAGCUGAUGAAGAGACACAGACUGGUUCGUCAGACGCCAUUCAAGAAGCCGCUCCUGCAGCUCCCAAGCCAAGAGAACAGCCAAAAGAGAAUGGAAAGCACUCUAACCUCGCAACGCCAGCUGUAAGAAGUCUGCUGAGACAACACGGCUUGGAAGUCACUGAGAUAGAAGGAUCUGGUAGGGAUGGCCGAGUAAUGAAGGAGGAUGUUCAGAGACAUCUUGAGCAACAGGGAGAACCAAAACAGCCUGCUGGCCAGUCUGCACAACAAGCUCUUCCUCCAUCGCCGAUUCAGUACGCGGAACAGGAAGAGACACCACAAAAGCUGACUCCCAUUCAGUCAGCGAUGUUCAAAUCUAUGACUAAGUCUCUCGCUAUCCCUCACUUUUUGUAUUCGGACUCUAUUAACAUCACGUCCUUAUCAGCCAUGCGCUCAGGACUGAAUGCGAGGAGAGAUACUCAGACGACACCUAAAUUCUCCUACAUGCCGUUUGUUAUCAAGGCUGUCUCGUUAGCGUUAAACAAAUAUCCAUUACUCAACGCGCGACUGGAAUUGUCCGAAGCAGCCAAACCAGGGUUGUUGAUGAGGAAGAACCACAAUAUAGGAAUCGCGAUAGACACUCCCGCGGGCCUGCUCGUGCCUGUCAUCAAAACUGUCAAUGCAAGAUCCAUAACAUCAAUAGCUCAUGAAUUACAGAGGCUUGCGGAGAAAGGUGCUACCGGCAGGCUUUCUAGCGAGGAUCUGUCAGGCGGCACAAUCACUGUCUCAAACAUAGGUAACAUUGGUGGCGGAGUAGUGGCUCCAGUUAUUGUUGAAGGACAGCUCGCUAUCAUGGGCAUGGGCAGAAUCAAGGCGACUCCAGUCUUCGCCGCUGACGGCAAGACUAUCGAAAAGGCCGACAUGUUAAGCACAAGCUGGAGCGCCGAUCACCGUGUUGUGGAUGGAGCUACAAUGGCCAGAAUGGCAACUUUGGUGCAGGAUUAUCUUGAAAGACCAGAAACUAUGUUGGUUGAUUUGAGCUGA